UGCGGGGCGGGGCCGCCAGAGUCCCGGGGCCGCCGGUUACUCUUCGGAGAGCCUUUCAGGAACGCAGAGGGUAGGGGGCAGAGAAGCCAGGGGCGGGUGGCAGGCAGGCCCAGCCCCUUGUACCAGCCCAGGGACACCCACGGAAGCACCCAUGAACUAGAGAUGGUGCAACCCGGGCGCGCACGUGUGUGCAGCCCGCUGGCAUGUCUCUAUGCCCUGUGGGCACCUGUCGUGUGAGUAGCUGCGGGUGUGGCUGUUCCUGGACGCUGUGGGUUUCAGUAAGGUUUGUAUCUUCUGGCCCGUCUCCCACAUCUCCAGAGGGGAAGUAAGAAGUUUAACUGAGCAGGGACCGAGGGGAUUAAAGGAGUAGAUCUCAGAGGCGAGGCGGAGAGGGUGGGGACUGCGGGCGCAGCGGGUAGGAAAGCACCUAUUUGACCCAUCUCCCAGCCAGAAAAGAAUCUUGAAAAGGCUGCCGUGACCCAUGUGGCUCUGAAAUGUCUAGAGAGCCCCGAGCGGUGAUGACCACAGAGUGAGUGGCACUGAGCUGAGCCUGUAUAAUUCGUGGACAAGAGGGAUGCUAGCAUUUAGAAAGGCCAGGAGGAAACUCAGGAUGGGGGCCAUCUGCUCUCCCAACCCAAGCCGGACAAAGACAGCCUCGGAGGUCUGCAAUGCCGACUGGAUGGCCUCGCUCCCCCCUCACCUCCACAACGUCCCCCUUUCCAAUCUGGCAAUCCCAGGCUCCCAUGAUUCAUUCAGCUACUGGGUAGAUGAAAAGUCCCCAGUGGGGCCUGACCAAACCCAAGCUGUCAAACGCCUUGCCCGGAUCUCCUUGGUGAAAAAGUUGAUGAAGAAAUGGUCUGUGACUCAGAACCUGACCUUCCGGGAGCAGCUGGAGGCUGGGAUCCGCUACUUUGACCUUCGUGUGUCUUCCAAGCCUGGGGACACUGACCAGGAGAUCUACUUCAUCCAUGGGCUCUUUGGCAUCAAGGUUUGGGAUGGGUUGAUGGAGAUUGACGCAUUCCUCACUCAGCACCCUCAAGAGAUCAUCUUUUUGGAUUUCAACCACUUCUAUGCCAUGGAUGAGGCCCACCACAAACGUCUGGUUCUACAGAUCCAGGAGGCCUUUGGGAACAAGCUGUGCCCAGCCUGCAGUGUGGAAAGCAUGACGCUGCAAAGCCUGUGGGAGAAGAAGUACCAGGUUCUCAUUUUCUACCACUGCCCCUUCUACAAGCAAUACCCAUUCCUGUGGCCAGGCAAGAAGAUUCCAGCACCCUGGGCAAACACCACGAGUGUGCAAAAACUGAUUCUCUUCUUGGAGACCACCCUGAGUGAGCGAGCCCCACGUGGAGCCUUCCAUGUCUCCCAGGCCAUCCUCACCCCGAGAGUGAAGACCAUCGCCCGAGGCCUGGUGGGAGGCCUCAAGAACACAUUAGUUCACAGGAAUCUCCCUGCCAUCCUUGAUUGGGUGAAGACUCAAAAGCCGGGAGCCAUGGGCGUUAACAUCAUCACCUCUGACUUCGUGGACCUGGUGGACUUUGCCACGACUGUGAUUGAGUUAAAUGACCUUUUAGAGGCCCGAGCUCUGACUAAAUGUUGAAUUAAUAAUGUUCUGCUUAAUUUGGAUGUUGAGGUUGUUGAUCCAAGGUAGGAUUCUAGAGGGUUCUGGUUAGGAUGGCUCAUUCCUGGGCAAUCAUGGCGAAGUGAGGAAAAGAAAGAGGGCCUCCCUUCCCCCCUUUUCUCACAUAGCAAUUUGGAUAAAAAUCUAGGGGUUUUCAUUGAAUUUUCCCCAAAUGAGACUUUUAAAAAUUCAAGUCUAAGGGAAGAAUGCAUAUUACAUAUGGUCAAGAUCAGGUUCUCCCCAAUAGGCAUAUGAUGGCAAUCGGAAGAUGGAAGUAUGAUUUCCAGGUUCUGUGGGCUAUGCAGUUUCUUAAUUGGCCCCCAGCUUCUGUUGUGUUCUGGGGUCAUUUGAACCUUUGUGAAGACUAAAUCAGAAAAGCAUUCCUGGUCAGAAGAAUGGUGCAUGCGGGCAUGGACCACCUCCUAAGAGGUCUCUGCCAUCAACCUAGAGCUCUGAGGGGCUCCCAGGAAGCCAAGAACUAGGUCUCUCUUGAACUGUACAGUAUCCCCACUUCUCUAUGAGAGCAAGAUAUGUUUAUUAUCACAGUGUUCUGCCACAGGCUGGCUCUGCAUAUCUUAGGCUAGAAGUGGUCACCUUAAUUCUUCAUAUAAACCGUGCAUACCACCCUUGACAUCAGAAACGUAUUUCCUUAUUUUAAAGUAUCGAUUCCUUUUGUUUUCUGUUGGGCCCUAUCUUUGAAAUGAAAGGAACAGUGGUGGGAAGUUUUUCGUGUGAGGGCCCAAUAAGAACUAACCAUGCAUGUUUGUUGCAUGCCAGAGUUCUUUGAUUCUUAAUCUUGUAGCUUUCUCCCCAAAUGACUAUCAGGCAAGCACCUGCAUCAUUUUGGCAACGUCCUCUUUGGAGCGAGGUCUUCAAGCCGGAUUCUGGAAUCACGGUUUAUGGUUGUCUGUCUGGGACCCGAUCUGCUGCGGGACACAUGCUAAGUAGAAUGUUUGUCCGAGACACCAUGGAAGCUGACACAGGAUGUGUGGGAACGUGCAAUGGCAUUAAAGGAGGAAGUUCCAAGUGGGUUUUGGAGCCAGUCUGUAACUCCUUGCAAACAAGACUACCUCGGGGACAUUUAGGGUGACUUGUUAUGUCGUCAAGUGAGAAAAAAAGCAAUGCUGGAACAUUUCCACGUGUUUUUCCAUUUGGCCUAUUUUCUGUGGUUGUUCUGCCAACUAACUACUACUGCGUGAGGGCUUGGAAACUCAAGGGGGAUUUUUUUUUUAAUUGAUAAGAGGCGCUUUUUGUUAAUAAGAGCCCUCUUUUGUUUUCACUUGCUUUGUUUAUGUAUUUAUUGACUUCUUCAUUCAUAGAGUAAGUAUCUGCAGUGUUUCUUGCCUCAAGAACACUCCCAGAUGUUUGCUGGACUUUUCCUACCCACGACAGAUGCUGCUGUGGUCUUCCACCCAGGCACCGCAUGGUGCAUCUCAGGGCUGUGAGUGACCUUGGAUUUUGCUGUAGUUGUCCUACCCCGCCCCUACCCUGCUGAGGACAAUGUAUAGAUGUGGAUUUGAUCCAGAUCUAAGAAGCUACUGCCAAAGGCAUGUAACUGAAAAGCAUUGAAAGAAAAGAACUAGGAAUAAAAGCUGAGCUCAAACAUGAGUAUGCCUUCAGCCCCAUCUGAGAAUUCCUAAGGAAGAAUAGAAACAAGCAAUCCAGGGUUGGGGUGUGCAUUUACAGAGACUGCAGGACCUUAUCCUCGAGGUUCUCACAUCCAUCCUUGAUUUCCUGGUCAGGUUGUGCAUGCUGACUGCAGUAGGAUAUCUUGGAUGAGCUGUUGAAAACAUGCAUGCUCCUAAUUGUUGAUCAUCUGGCCUUCUCCCCUUCCCCCUAAAGGAAUGUAGGCCUUGACUUUUCACUUCCAUAGCUCAUGGAGGCCACAGCACAAAUGCCUCUGAGAAAACCUGAUUUAAUGUCUUCUGUUCUUGACUUCUAAUUCCUCCGAGGGGGAGAGGCUUCUGUAGUGAUCUGUCAAAUUUCGCAGAGUCUUCUCUGCACAGAGCUUCGUCAUCGCAUAGUUGUGUGUACCACCAUCAUCUUAAUGUUCCUUCAGUUACGACACUGAGCUCCACAGAGACUCUCUGAAAACCUUGGCCUCCCCUCGGGUUUUUAUUUUUGUUUUUAUUGUUGCACCUUGUUUGGCUGGUUGGUUUGGUUUUAAGUCUCGAUCAGUUAUCAGGGACUAGAUCAUUCCCCAUCUGUUAACCCUGUGUUACUUGGCAAAGAGAUAAGGAGGCAAGAGGAGAGUCGCUCUUCUCUGUUUUCUUUGCGCCUCAGCUUUGUCCAGGUGCUUGGUGCUAUGGGGCUAGGUGUGUGAGCGUGUGUCUGCACAGGACACCAGUUUCACUUUAAGGCUGCUGACUGUUCCGUGACUUGUUUACUUCAUUUUCUCCCUUUGUUCUUAAAUGCACAGCUGUACUUCACUUACAACAUUUAAGUGCACGCGCUGCGCCAUCAGGUGUACCACAGAAGCACAGAACGCUCCCAAGGCCGCAUGCGUGGGCCGCUUCUCCCAUAGCGAGUACACGUGCGGGCUCCUCCACGCUGCUUCAGGGUUCUAGCCUUGCUGACAUUUUGCAAGUCUGAGAGGUAGGGGGAGGAUUGGUCACAAUUUCUCCCAGUGAUCACUCGAAUCUCUGCCCCAAGAAAAAGCUUCCAAUAUCGUAAAGGCUGCAUGUAUUUUGUUCCUGGAAGACCAACCAGACAGAAACUCAGGUGAGUUGGACAGAGAAAAAAAAAACAAAACAAAAAACAAAACAGAACAUAGACCCCAUGGCUCAUUCUGCAAUAGUUACCAGUAAGAAUUCUGACCAAAACAUAUCAUGUGUUCCUGAAAAUCCUGGGAGUCAUUCAGAUUAAAACAAACAAACAAAGCUUUCAUAGUUUCUCAGAGUCAACUUCAAGAGCAUCUAAAGAGCUGCUUAGUUUCACAGACUCGGGGGCCAUUUCUAUUUGGAAAUGCAGCCACAUUCUUCAUGAGCUUUCUGAACCAUCCCAACAUAGCCAUAGUUCCUUGGUGGCCCAGACCUUUCUAGAUUUCCAUGGGCUAAAACAGUGUCUCAGGGCUUGAAUGUUGUGCUUAUCACGAGAUCCUUGUAGGUUUUGGAUGGAGACAGUGUUUUUAGUAGUGAACAGAAAGGUAAGGAUGGAGCUGAUAGAAGGGACUGCUGAGUGUGGAUUUGAUCUGAUAUCACCGCAGAUCUUAGAGGUCAUGCAAAAAAAAAAAAUGCUUAUAUUUGCUGCUUGAGAUUUGAUAGUCAUUAUUUUCUUUAGUGCUGGGUCCCAGACCCCUGAACUUUUUUAGAACUGUUAAUCUAGAGUUUAGAGUUCAAACCCAAGAUUUUAUACACGUGUAAAGAAAAGCACAAGAUCAUGACAGACCUUAAGAAUUUCAGAUAUUUUUCAUAACCUCACAUUCGCAUCCGAACAUUUAUGCUUCUUUCCAGGAAGGCAAUGAAGUGAAGCAUUCUGAGACUGAUACUUUCUGGUGUGUCAGGAUAGCCCUGUGAUUUUUUUUUUUCAGUCUUUAUCAGUAGGAAGCACUCCCAAAGAGACAGCUGCUAGCACAAGUGAAAAGUGAUGACCCAGAAGAGGUUAAGGCUAGAAGAAAACUGCUGUUUUCUCUGAGAAGCAAAAGGGCUACAAACUGACAUCAUUCCAGAAGUUUUAUGAUGUCCUUGAUUGUUAUGUUCUGGGAAACAGAACAGGCUAAUGAAUGGGCCACAGCUACAAGAUCUCCUCCCUUAGCUGAGCAACCGAUCUUAGGCUAGCCUGUCAUUGGUUCUUUCAUCUUUAAUAAUGAUGGGCAUCUCAGUUGAUGGUUCAUAAGAUAAAUAAGGUCCUAGGUCUUGGCUUAAAUGCCCUGCACUCUGGGGAUGUACCUUUAGCCUGAUUCUUCCUUCUGUGCACACGCACAGAGAAUAUGGCUGGGGUCAUGGUCCAAGACUGUGGUAUAGCCUGAUAGAAUUUGACUAUGUUUUAUACCUUCCGGAGUGCAUAAAGUGUGUGGGACUCAAAGAAAUCUGCCAAACUGUCGGUGGUCCCCUGAGAGGUGGGCUUUCUCAACAUGUCAAGAGGAAACAGUAGACCUUGAGGGUAUCAAACACCCAACCUGACAGGAAGCUCAUUAGAUGCAGUGCAGAAGAGCAUGGAUGUCCCUGAAGAUUUCACUAUCUGCUACAUCAUAACCCUCUUCUGCAGCUGCUUCCUUGUAGCUGGUACCAUAGUUUCACAGUGUCACCUUGGGACACGGGAGAGUGAAUAACAAGCUGUGUUGAUAUAAACGUCCCCUUAAUUCCAGAUGGUUCUAAUCAGCUCGUUACUGCCCCGAGAGACCUCCUAUGUCCACAACCUUUGGAUUCCCCAGCUUCCUGCUACAAACACUGGCAGUAAUGGCCAUAUGUCUGAGCUAGCCUAACUCAGAAGCAGCCCUAUAAUGAGGCUAUUGAUUUUUUUUUAAUAGCAGAGUUUUAGACACUGUAAAAAAAUAUUCUAUAAGGAUAUCCUGCUUUAGAUUCUGUGUUUUAGCAUCAACUCCAGCAAACUUAAAAUUUAUAAAACCCAUUUUUGAACAAAAUGGUUUGAAUAAACCAAUUCCUUCCUCUCUUUGGGGGAAAUUCAGAAGCACAGCCUGUUGAGGUGACUGCAUCAACAGUCUAGAGGCAUUUUUCUGCGGUUGUUUCCCAUUCCCUUCAUAGAAUCCUACUUUCUCCUCUUGUCACCUAGCAUCCCCCACCACAGGCCAAUGACUUCGUCACAAGAUGUUGACAGAGGGCCAUGAUGGUGCUUCUGACCAUGAUGGUGGCUCCUUUAGCCUUCUCAAAUGCGUUAUUCUGCCUCCUGCUCCCACCCAAUCAUUAGAACUAUGUGUCAUUGGAGCCCUGAAAUUGGGACCAAUACAUAAUUCAGUUGGCACAGGCUCGCUCACAGUGUUAAGCCCACUAAGAAGCAUAGCACUUUGAAAAGUCAUAUAGGCCUUUGGCAGCUCUGUACAGUUGCAGUGUCACACCUGCUAUAAGUUUAUAGCACUAACAAUACAAGAGUUAUAGAUCUAUAGUAUCAAGAUGAUAAAUCUUAGAUCAUAUUCUAGAAAUAAUAUUACCUUGCUGCUAUUAAUUAUUACACAAGUAUUAAUAAGUAUUAAAUGCAGGUUGUGUAUGCAUUAUUUGUAUUAUGUAUAUACCAACUGUAAUACUUGGCCUCCCUGAUCAGUAAUUUAAAAUUUCAGAAAUUAUGAUAGUAAAAAUAAGUCUUGGUCAGUUCAAAUAAUUAAUGUAUCUGAUAAAUGCUGUAAUAGAGAUUAUAUUUUGUCUUCUAUUACUUGAUUUAUCCUGCAGUGCAUGUGGUUUGCUAAACUUAAAUAAUAAUCAAUUUUAUCAGUUUAAGGUUAGGGUUAAAAUUGUGCAUAGAUGCUACUUCAUACUCUGAAAUGUAUUUUGUGGCUUGAUUGUCACCUUCAUACGUACUUCACUGGCCUUCUCUCCCUCUAGGAAGUAAGUGUUCAGAUAUAUCUCUUCUUUCUUGUAACCUGGAUUAAAUCACUUGAUUCAUCCUAAAAUAUUGUGAAGCCACAAUACCUCAUUUUAACUGUGAAAAAAAAAAGCGUUAAUAAGUCUGAUCAUACAGUGUGUUUCCUUGUAUUUGAUUUGAGCCAUGUAAGGUUUGAACAUAGUAAUAAAUAUGAACCUUUAAUA